AUGGUUAGAGAAAUAAUUAGAAAAAAGCUUUACGAUGCAGCAACACUAGGUGAUGCAACAACGUUUCAACAACUACUUCAAGAAGAUCCAUAUCUUCUCGAUGUAGUUUCGUUUCCCGAUUCGAGAAAUCUUCUCCACAUAGCAACAAGAAGCGGACAAGCAGCCAUUGUUGAAGAGAUAUCAAGGAUCAACCAACAUCUAGCCAGGAGUUUGGACUCCCAAAAAUCGUCGCCUCUUCACAUCGCAGCAGCGGAAGGGACAGUCGAAAUCGCCUCAAAAUUGCUAGCAAUCGCCCCUCAGACGUGCUGGCUGCGCGACUGCCAUGGCAUGAAUCCAGUUCAUAUUGCCGCCAUGAAUGGGCAUGUUGAGAUCUUGGAAGAGUUCAUUCGACGCGACCGUUUGCCUGCAACGGAGAAGGUGGAUCACAGACAGACCGUCUUGCAUUUGUGCGUGAAACAUGGUCAGCUUAGAGUAUUGCAGGUUUUAGUGAACCAUUUUCGUGAGCUUGUCCAUUUGCAGGAUGAUUAUGGAGAGACAGUCUUGCAUUUGGCUGUUAGGUACAAACAAGUUGAGGUUAGUAAGUUGUCUAUAUCGACUUUGUCACUUGAUUAA